AUGGAAGACUCAAAGAAGAUGGAUAGAAUCAGUAACUUACCUGAUGAAUUAUUAUGUCACAUACUCUCUUUUCUUCCCACCAAAAUCGCUUUCACUACCACAGUUCUUUCGAAGCGGUGGACCCCACUUUUCCACUCACUCACCAUUCUCCGCUUUGAUGAUGAAACCGUGCACAACUACGCAGCCUUUAAUAGUGUAUGUGGAUUUAUUGAUACAUUCAUGCUCCCUCCUCGUCUCCCAAACCAAUUCAUCAAAACUUUUAGCCUUAAGUGUCGUUUUGUAUUCAGUGAUUCUAAUUGCCAUAUCUUGGACGCAUGGGUAGAAGCUGCUAAACAACGUUGUAUUGAGGAAUUUCAUCUCUCCAUGAUUGCCAGAAUCUCGAAUGACACAAUUUUCACAUGUCAAACCCUAGUUGUUCUCAAACUUGAAUGGUUACAAGUUGAAGUUGAAAAUUUGUGUCGUGAUCUUCCGUCCCUCAAAACCCUACAAUUGAGAUUUGUUCGUUUUAAAAAUAAGAAUGUUCUGCAACAACUUCUUAAUGCUUCUCCUAACCUAGAGGAUUUGAAUGCUUAUGGUACUUCCAAACAUGAUAAAAACAGUGCACCUGUAGGGGUUAAAUCCUUGUCCCUGGCUAAGUUAGUUAGAGCUGAAAUGCGGGCAAUAGAUGUUCCUUAUAAUGUAGUUAAUAAUGUUGAGUUUCUAUGCUGGAGGUCCAGCUCAUCCAAGGAAUGGAAAUGGCCAAAUUCGGUUCUUGAAUGUGUUUCGUCUCACCUCAGAUCAUGUACAAUUUUAAACUUUGAAGGAUCGGCAAAUAACCUUCGAUUUGCAACAUAUAUUCUGCAGAAUGCUAGGCUUUUACAAGAUAUGACAAUCGACGUUACUACUCGCUCCUCAAAUGAAAUGCUUUUAGAAAGGAGUGAAAUUAUAGAAGAAUUGUCCUCUUGUCCAAGGAUUUCUCCAGCAUGUAAACUUACAUUUGAAUAUAAGUAG